AUGCCCAAACCAUACUCAACCCUCUCCGCCGCGUUCCCCCCCUCCCCGACCUUCACAAACGCCCACCUCCCCUCCCUCAAAAACCGGGUCUACAUCAUCACCGGCGCCGCCUCCGGCGUCGGUCUCGCCCUCGCGCAAAUGCUCUAUCUUGCCGGUGGAACGGUGUAUAUAGCCGCCCGCUCCGUCGCCAGAUGUCAAGAAGGGGUUGACAAGAUCCUAAAGCAGACGUCAGGACAGAAAGGCGGGGUGUUGAAGAUGAUGGUUGUGGAUCUGGCGGAUUUGCGAACGAUUCGGGGGGCGGUGGAUAAGUUUCUGGCGGAGGAGGAGAGGUUGGAUGUGUUGUUUAAUAAUGCGGGGGUGAUGACGCCGCCGAAGGGGAGUAAGGAUGCUUUGGGUCAUGAUCUUGAAAUUGGGACGAAUUGUCUUGGUCCGCAUCUUCUUACGAGUUUGCUUGAGCCGAUUUUGCUGAAUACGGCGAUGAUGCCGGGUAUGUCGGCUGGGAGUGUGAGAGUCGUCUGGGUAGUGACUUAUUUGGGGGCGAGCCCGCUUGAGGGGGGAAUGCGCCUUGAUGGGAAGGGUGAGCCGGUUUAUUUGAACAAGUUUAUGGAGAAUUAUUUCCAGAGUAAGGUUGGAUGUACGUGGUUGACGGAUUAUUAUGCGAAGCGUCUUGGGCCAAAGGGAGUGAUGAGUGUGUCGAUUCAUCCGGGGUUAAUGAAGACGGACUUGCAACGGCAUGUAUCAGCUCUCAUGAGGCUUGCGAUGAAUCUUUUCCUGAAAGGAACAGACUAUGGCGCAUAUUCCGAGCUUUAUGCAGGAUUCUCCCCGGAGGUGACCAUGGAGCAUAACGGCGCGCAUCUACUUGCCUGGGGAAGACUUUCGGCCCUCCCACCUCAUGCAACAGAAGGUCUGAAAAGUAAGAAUGAAGGAGGAAAUGGAAAUGCGGAAUUAUUCGUCAACUGGUGUAAUAAUGAAGUUGCACUAUACAAGUGA